GAAUGGUUGGGGAAAGAGAUGAGUAAGAGAUGACUCAACAUCCCACCACUAUAAGAUAUGCUGAUGGACGCCCAACAGUGGACACACAACCAAGUAAAGAAAAUAAAAGUGAGCAAACAUGGACUACGUCACCUUGGCCUUCCUGGUGUCCUUCUCCCACGUGCUGAGCAUGACCACGGCUGUGUCCCUGCCGACGGACGCCAUGAGGAUUAAAGCCAAGGUGAAACGGAUGGCCGAGCAGCUGGUUGUGAGGCUGAAUACAAACAUCCAGGCUCCCGCCGGCGUGACGUUGGCGUCGCCCGCGGACCAACUGGACGGGCUGUCCUCGGUGGUGGCGCUCCUGGAGGGCUACAACGACCUCAUCUCGGACUCCCUGAAUGUGUGCCAGGUCAAGACGGAUAUCUCGUCCCUGAAGGGUUACCUGGUGCAGUGGAGGCGGGGUCACUGCAACGACUCCAAGCCCAAGCCGUCAGUAUCCGGUCCACUGCAACGGCUGCAGAGUCAGCGAGCCUUCGUCCUCACCGUAAGCAUGGAGGCGCUCAUGAGAGUGAAGGAGCUGCUCGGUCAGCUGCUGCACAACAUGGACCAGCUGGAGAAAUGCUGAAAAACUCAUCUUUAAUGCACACGUAUUUAAAUGCUCGGAUUUAUUUAUAUAUUGUAUUUACUUUUUUCUGCAAAGACAGUCGCGGUAAAUUCCAAAUGCUCAUCUGUGCUGGGAGAGAUCACAGAUUCACACACAGCUCUUCCUGUUUGUAGCCUUUAAAUGCGCCUUUUGUAUAUUUUUGUACUGUAUUUUUUUUAAUAAACACUAUUGAUAACUA